GCUUUUUUGCCGAGGCGCGCACAGGCACAUGUCUGCCAUUGUGAUGCUGGGCACGCCGUCGAUAAUAAAAUAAGAACCUUACGAAUUCCAAGCUCGCCGACUAUCCAAUUCGCUCGUACGGUCAUCUGUCGACGAUAUCACUACGCAACCAGCCAUUACACAGUCUCCAUCCACCUAGCUACCACCUGAUUCCCGCGCCAUGGCGUCCGCGCCCUCCAACGAGACCCCGGCCGGCAAGCUGGGGCUGACCAUUGAAACUACGACACCACACAUCGCUGAGAAGCGCUCCGAAUCCUCACCCUCCCCGCUGCAGCCCUUCCCCGCGUUUGAGGAGAAGGAGGCGCAGCUCUCGCGUCCCUCGGAUGUCUCAUCACCCAGCACUGCCCGCGCCGACCCCUUCGACACCGACAUCGAAGCCAUGGUCACACACAAUUUCAGUCGAAGGUCAGCCGAGUGCACCAAGGGGGGCUCCGACUGCGAAGUCUGGCCUGGGCAAGAUCACUGGAGACGGAAGGCCAAGGCAGCUAAGAGGAAGCGCCGCUACUGCAACUGUCUGGCCGGGUUGAGCAAGCGCAACCGCAUCAUCGUCAAGAUCCUCAUCAUCAUGCUCAUCGUCGGCAUUGCCGUCGGCGUUGGCUUCGGCGUUAGCAAGCCUCUCGGCGCGGGCGUCUGGCGCAGCGAGACGCAGAAUAGCCCAUGAGGCGCUGCCGCGCCGUCCGCUUGAUAUUGGCAUACAACCAUCUCCCACCGCUCGCUCUGGCCACGUUGUUUGUGCCGAGCGGGUGGUUUUCACGUUGCCGCGGGGACAUGCCGCCAAC